GGACUCAAGUGGAAAUAAGACAAUCUGAUGACAUCGUAACUUUACGGAGUUACCCGAAUAAAAUAAUUUUCUAUAUGUAUUAUUAUUACUGCUAGUAGUAUUAAAAAUUAGUACUAUUACAAGCAGAACUCAUUGAUUUUUCAAAGGUGGCGGGAGUGUGAGUGAGUGAGGUGAGUGUUGAGGCAGCCAGCUGGACCCACCCUCCCAGGACAGGGCUCUCAACAGUCAGUUAACACCCCAGGCACCUGCUUACUGCUAGGUGAACAGGGCAACAGGUGAAAGGAAAUUGCACAGCAUUUCCACUUGUCCCAGGAUGAAACCCAAGACAAGUUAGCUGCAAGCCAAAGGUGCUACCACUUAAGCUCUCAGGAACCGUAUCUGAAAUGGAGAGAAAUGCAGUAAAUAAAAGAGGACAUACUGUUAGCCCAGAUGAUGGGUGUCUGCCCACCCAUAGUGAUGAUAAGGAUACUUCACAGAUUACCACUCCGCCAAAUAUCCUCGAGCACGUGCCUUCUUCGCAUAUUGCAGGAAUUAGAAAUAAUGAGAGAAAAGUUGUACAAGAGGAAGGACAGACUGUGAGAGAAAGAUACAUAAAGCAGGAUGAAAAGGAACAUGCACAAUUUUGUGAUACCAAUGAUAACAGAAGAUUAGAUAGAGUAGUUUAUAAAGGUGCAACUUUGAGCAACUCUGAGUGUCAGAAGGAAGAAACUGAAGAGGUUGAAAGAACGUAUUCAUCAGAUGGCAUUUCUUUGCUUCACACAAGCAGAAAAGCAAUUGGAAGAGAAGGAACAAGGGAUGUUAGUGAUGUGCCUGAUAAGAAAGUGAACCCAGAUAAUAAUGGUGCUAGUGCUCCAAGCACCAUGAAUAAAGCUACGAGCUAUUACACACACACACUCUCCUUUCCAAUUGUAAAUAAAAAUCAAGAAAAGGAUUCACAGUGGGACACAGAGUCAGAAUCUCAGCUAUCAGUAAGCCAGAUGUCAGGUUCAGAGGCUUGUGCAAGUUCUGACUUGUCUGGUGUAAAGGUCAGGAGUAAAACCAAGAAGCAAAAAUCACAUAUAGGAUCUAAAGAUGGUAGGAACUCUGAUUCAUCAGUGUCAUCAAGAAAAAAAAAAGGAAGUAGCAACAAAACUCAUAUUAAAUCCAAGUUUUCUCCUGGCAGUUUAGAAUACAUAGAGCAGCAGUUGUGUGGACGUAUAUUUUCUGGCUGGGUUGAAGAACGGAGAUGGGUUGACACUGUGCAUGCCUACCGGGAUGUGAUAGAAGUGGAUGAGUGGGAAGUUGAAAUGAACCAGCAUCUUAAUGCCAUCAUCACAAGCAUUCCUGGUGUGCAUGAAGGAACCAAGUGGAUAAAUCUAACUCCUCCUGGGGAGAGUCCAUGCUACUGCUUGUGGGUCUUGCUGCCUGCUCCUCCAAUACCUGGUCACUACUGGUACACAAUCACAGGAGUUCAUCUUGAACCACAGUUUGGCCUUAGACUUUUAGUUAAAGAAAUUAGAAGAAUUCAUGAACAUGAUGGUGAGACAGAUAUAGCUCGAAGAAGGCGACAUCAAAUGAAGUCUUUGACAGAUUCCGGCACCAGCUUUCAGACUUUACGUGAACAAUUCCAGGAAUGGGUGAAUCAAGCUUGCCAGUUGAGCUUUUCUGCAGUUUGGUGUACACUUAGCUCAACAGUUACCCUUGGUAAUAUAAAGGAAGUAUUCAGGUUCGUUGCUGUACUGGUUAUGACGCUGGUGAUAGGUCUCUUUUCAUUCUGGAGAGACACUCACAAUCUUGGACUGCGUUACAUCCGGGAAGUAGGCAUAUUUUUACGCAACAUCACUCCAUUUCUGCAGUCUUUACUUGCUUUUAUAGAGAAAUUAAUUGGUGGCAUGUACUUGCUAAUAGCCAUGGUAUAUCGUGAUUGGCGUCGGCCUAGUGCUCCACCCCCAUCAUACCCACAGAGAGGGCAGUCACCUCUUUAUCUUCCUCAGGGUCAGGGUGCUGUUCUUGGUGCUGGUGGGUCAAGGGUAGUAAAGUAUGUGCCUCCACAACAAUGGGUGUUCAAAAGUCAAAGUAAUGAAUCAUCUCCAAGUUGAAACUUUGCACUAAUGGCAUUCAUUAGUGAUAUACAGCUGUGUUCUCUAAUGUGAUGUGUCUGAUACCUUAUCUUGCCUUAUUGAAGGUCUGUGUCUCAUACCCUUUCUUGCCUUGAGGGUAGGCUGUGAAGAAAUAUGUAUUGUACUGUAGUUUUAAUUUGAGAUGUUUCACUGUAUGAUAUUUAAAUUUUUUUUUAUUGCACUAUAAAAUCAAUCAUGUAUCCUUAUUUCAGAGUGUAUUAUUCAGACUUGUCUGGGGAUAAAUUUACAGGUAAUUUGUUUUUUAUUACUCAUGUGGGUAAUGUUCACAUGUAAAGGAUUAAUGUAAUUUUAUUAUAUACUAUAUAUUGGGCAGCUUUUAAAGCUGAUGAAGUUGUGCCUUGAAACACAGAUUAAGAAACUUUAAUAUAUAAAAAAUAUUUAGUAUAUACUGUACUAGUCACCCACUUUGUGUAAAGAUUUUGUGGUUUAUAAAAUUGGUUCUGA